AUGAGAACCUAGAUCAGCGUCAUUGCUCUCUUAUUAUUUAGCACUACCAUCAGAGCUGCUGAAAGAAAAAUCAAUGUGAGAAAUCUCUGCAAUAAGCCAAUCUGGUUUGCCGCUUCAGGUGGAUCAGCUAGAAACAUUCACUCUCCAACUGAUACAUCAUGCGGUGGAGACGGAGAUUGUUUCCAAGGAUCAAAAUGCGUCCAGACAGGAGCUAUCAGACAAUGCUUCUGGUAAAACCCAACAUUCUCAGACGGAAACUACAAGCUUGAUCCCAAUCAAUAAAAGCAGACUUCAAUUCCAAUUUAUGAUAAUGGCUCAGAGAUCAUUUGGAGUGGCAUUAUGGGAGGCAGAUCUAACUGCUCACCUUCUGGAUGUGAGACUUCUGAUUGUGGAAAUGGAGAUGGUGCAUGCAAGGCUGGCCAAGGAUUCCAGCAACCAGCUACUCAGGCAGAGAUGACUCUUGUCAAGACUGGAGUCGAUUUCUAUGAUGUUGAGGUCAUUAACGGAAUCCAUCUUCCAGUGUCUUUCGGACCAACUAACGUUGCUGGUCAAAGCGCAUACAAGUGCGGAACUCCAGGAGCCAAGCACCCUAACACCAAUGUAGGAUCAUGCUCAUGGGAUUUGCAACCACCCUCAAAUGAUUACAACUGGGUUACUGCAGGUGGUAACCACUGCAAUGCAGACUCAGAUUGCCAAGGAACCAAAUGUGGUCUUAGUUUCAACCCAGGACACGCCGAUCUUAUUCAAAAGACCUGCGGUAAUCACCUAGGUUACUGGACUGCUGAUCAAGUUUGUGGAGUUAUCCCAAGCUUCGGUGCACCAUUCAACUGUCAAGACAGACUUCCAGCACCAUACUCUGGAUUCAACAACUGGAACAUGUAUCUCUGUGUUGGAAUUGGAAGUUGCUAUCAACCAGGUGCCUCAGAUUCCUGCUGUGGAUGUGUUAACUGGGAUGAGGAAGGUGUUGAUGUCCCAUCAUACCCAUACACUGAGAAAUGUGUCAACAAGAACUCAGCCUGGAAUGAUAGAAUGAAAAAUACUCUAAAAUGGAUGAAGAAAGCUUGCCCAACUGCCUACACCUAUCCAUAUGAUGACAUCAGUUCAACUUUUACUUGCCAGCACAUGAAUGGCAGCGUCAAUAUUGUAGACUAUCAAGUCACUUUCUGCCCACAAAACGAACAAAGCGUCUUCCUCUAAUGA